CUUAACACUACCCAGCCGAGAAGCAGAAUCUAAUAAUACACCUGGGCGUAUCUUAUGGUAUCGUGGCUAAUCAAAGAGUAAAAGUAUCUCUUGACCUGGCGAUCCCCAAAGUUGUCUUAAUGCUGGACUCAACUAGAUCACAUCGCUGGAGAAGCUCUAUUGAAGAUUGUCGCUCAUUCUGAAGCACAUGAGGCGUAUUUGUUUCCGUCUUAAUGGACGUAGGAAAGACACCGCAAGGAAAACUGUUCUACUUAAUGAAAGCUUAGCUAAGAAUACAUUUCAGCGGCAACUGGAAAAACAGUUAAGCAAAGAUAUAGGUGGUUCCCAAUCCGAUAUACAAAAAUCAGUGGAAACAGCAGUGGAAUUAGGAAUCGGACCGUCAGUGAGACUAAUUCAAACGAGAAUAGUCUUAAUAUUCAAACUCAAUCCAAGAGACUUGAUAGAUGGGCAGAACAAUUUAGGGAUCUGUUCAACUGGUCUUCAGCCACACUUCAGUUACGCACGAAUCCAGUCAACCUAAAUGGCGAAUUGGGGUAAGUUCUUCAACUCUGACUUACGCCUGUUACCCUCAAUGAAGCAUAGACCACCGACCAGUGUACUCUAGCCUACUCUGUCCUGGGCUUCCCAUUUCAGUUCCGUAAAAAUUUUUAUUCAUUCUUUUCAUAUUUUUCUCUAUUUCUCGGUGGAAUGUGUUCCUUCGACCUUGAGGGUUCCAA